AUCAGAGAAAAAAGAGGCGGGACAAAUGGAACUGUACAGAUCAGAGCAAAACCACACAUUAAAGGCACAUGCAUUGUGACAUCAUCAGGACGGUAUAUAAGGCCACAACGCUUCAGUCAGUCAGAUCCUUUCAGACCUUUCAAAUCGUGAUACCACAGUGAGAAAGAGCCAGAAAAGACAAUUUGCAAAGAGACAACGACUGAUACAGAAUACAACUGUUCGUCAGAGAUCUACAACUGCAACCUACAAGCAUUACUUUGUGACUGACUACCAGCCAAAGAAAGAAAAUGCAGAGCCCGGGGAACCCCAGUGGUAACCAGAAGAGCGAUGAAGAGCAGACCGUACGCGGCUGCUUUUGUCAGACCAGCUGCCAACUCAACCAAGAGUUGGAGGAAACAAAAGCACAGCUGAAGAGACAAAAAUCCUUGAAGGAGAAGAUCAUCAACAAGGAAAAAGAAACAAGGCAGGAGCUAGAGAGACUCAAGAAGUACACCAAUCCAGAAACUCUCAGCACCGCAAAGAUCGCCAACCAAGUCAGCGACAACACCAAGAGGAAGAAAAAGAAACUCUUGCAGGUCGACUAUGAGGAGCUGCAGGUGGCCCACAUCAUUAAUGAGGAAAAGUUCCAGGCAGAGCAGAACAAAAACAAGCUUCUCCAGGAGGAACUGGAACGCCUCAAUAUUUCAUACCAAGUGCUCAACGCCAGGUAUGAAAAUGAUGUCCCCAAGCUCAAAAAGCAGGCCUUUUACCUUCAGUGUGAUCUUGAUAAUGAGAUCCUGCAGAAGCAUCUCGUGCAGUCUGACUACGAAGAAGCCUUCAAGGCACUCCAGGAAGAGAGAGAGAAAAACAAGACUCUCCAAGAACAACUGGAGAAGGCGAGUGUGUCACUCCAUGAGGUCAAGCAGCAGGCUGACACCCUGAGGUUUGACCUUGAGAAGGAGCUUGAGCAGAAGAAACUCCUGCAGACAAGUUACGAGGAGCUGCAAGAGACACACAAGCUCAGUCAGGACAAGUUCUCUGCCGAGAUUGAAGCUGAAAAGGAAAAGAGCAUGAUUCUAAAGAAGGAACUGGACAAGAUGCACGAGACUACCCAGAAGUAUGAGGCCGAAGUCACCACGGUCAGAGAGCAGGCCGAGACCCUGCAGCGUGAGCUUGAAACGGAAGUCAAGUCUCAUGCAGUCUCAGUGUCAGAGGGCUUCCGUAUGAUCCAAAACGUGAGGGCUGAGCAGGAAGCCAUCCGUCAACAGAUGGCAGAAGAGAUCACUGCCCUGCAGCAAAAUGCCCGUGAGAGCGAAAAGAUUUUUGGAAGCGAGCUGGACAACCUGAAAACUCAACUCAGUGUUCAGAUCUCUCUCAACCUGAAGCUAUCCACUGAGCUCCAGGCUGAGAGAGAGGCUCUCCAAAAAAUCACAGACAGUAAUGACAACCAACCACCAAAGAAGGCUGAAGCCGGUGAGGACAAGCAGUGUGAGCAGCAGGCGACCAUCAGUCCUGCACUGGCCCUCGAACCACCGAAGCAGGCUGAGGACAAGCAGUGCGAGCAGCAGGCGACCAUCAGUCCUGCACUGGCCCUCGAAUCCCAGAGAGGCGCUCAGGGAAAUCUUCCAGACAGGACAGCAGAACCACCUUCUGUCUGGAAGAGGACCCGUCACUUUCUGGGGUUGAGGAAACCAGCGAGGUGGAAGAGGAGGAGGGAGAACUAAAGAACAUCGAGUUCUCCGGGUUUUCUCCAGGUGCUCUGGUUUCCCCUGCGUCCAAGGACGCAAAAAAAUGCACAAAAAAAAAAAAAAAAAAUUAAAACAAACAAAAAAAAAAGUUCAAAGUUCAGAUAUUGUUAUAUUUCAUAGUUUUUGUAGUUGCACAGUUCUUGGGCCUUUUUACAGAAACAUCCUCUGUCUGUGUCAUUCUAAUUUAAGAUGACAUUACAGAAACAUAAAAUGAUCUCAGUGUUUGAAUUUAGCUGAUAAUAUCCUAACUGAAUAUAAAAAUAUAAUAUUUAUUCAAAUAUUUAAUUCUUUCUGCAAUUAACUGUUUAUGCUAAAUUCAUUUUUUGUCCUUCACAGUCAUUGGCAACUGAGAAUUCAUGGAUUCAUGCAUUUGUUCUUUAAAGCUACAUUACAACCAGUUCACCCAUUAACAAUAAAAACUGGUUAAAACAUGAAAUGAAUAUGUAGAAUGCCUCAGAAUAGUUGUGGUGUUUUUAAAGUGAGGUUGUAGCUGUACUUAUAGCUGCAGUAGAGAAGUAGAGCUAUGCACUGCUGUGGACAGGGUCAGCAGAAAAAUAUAUUUUUGUCAAGAGAAAUGACAAUCAGAGGUUGCAUUCCAGUGUCAGCACUGCAAAAAAAAAAAAAA